CGCAGGGGAUAAAAAAAUUGAGUAGGAUAUUUUAAACUUUUAGAAGGAUAAUGGUACGAACUCCGGUGGAAGCAAUAUGGACGCUUCAAUAGUCCCAUCUCCUAAGCUCCCGCCUCCCCACUUCGAACCUAACACCGAAAACAUCAAACGGAGGCUUCUCCGGAAAGGCGUUUACCCUACUCCCAAAAUCGUUAGAACUCUCAGGAAAAGGGAAAUUCUCAAACAUAACCGCAAAACUAAACAACCCCAGCCUGAAACCCCAUCCCUCUCCGCUUCCGACCUCCAGUCUUUGGCUGAAGAGUCUCACUUUUUAACCCUAAAACGCGAGUACAGACGCUUCUCCGAAGCUCUCAACCCCAAAAGGGAGCGCCAAAGUCCUUCCUUGGCGGGAAAACCAUGGGAGAGAAUCGAGGGACCCAAACUCCGGGACCUCGUUUCAGAAAACGAAGAGCUCCACGGGGAGAGCUUGAAGAGACAGAACCUUAAAGAACUCAGAGAAAUGUUCGAAGAGGAUCUCCGUUGGGUCCUGGAGGAUGAUGUUGACGUGGAAGACGAUGAUUGUCUGUUACCCACUGAAAAGCAAAUGCAGGACUUGGACACUUCAAAACGUUGGCGUAACGAGAAAGAAGCAAUUCGAUUCCUUGUUGACAGGUUAAGUGAGAGGGAGAUAACGGAAAGGCAUUGGAAAUUUGUAAGGAUAAUGAAGCAAUCAGGGUUGCAAUUUACAGAGUGGCAGUUACUUAGGAUUGUUGAAGGACUUGGAAAGAACGGGAAAUGGAGGCAGGCAAUGGCCAUUGUCCAAUGGCUGUAUGGUAAUAAGGAGCGUAAAGAUUUCAAAAGCAGGUUUGUUUACACAAAACUGUUGUCAGUUCUUGGGAAGGCGAGACGACCCCAGGAAGCUCUUCAGAUUUUCAAGCUGAUGCUUGGAGACUGCCUUAUAUAUCCCGAUUUAGCUGCAUAUCACAGUAUUGCUGUUACAUUGGGGCAAGCUGGUCUUUUGAAGGAAUUGCUGAACAUAAUCGAGUGCAUGAGACAGAAACCUUCUAAAAGAAUUAAAAAUAUGCGACGCAAGAACUGGGAUCCUGUGCUUGAACCUGAUCUGGUUGUAUAUAAUGCGGUUCUGAAUGCUUGUGUCCCACUGCAUCAGUGGAAGGGUGUUUCCUGGGUGUUUGAACAGCUUAGAAAGAGUGGUCUGAGACCUAAUGGAGCGACAUAUGGGCUUGCAAUGGAGGUAAUGUUGCAAUCUGGGAAGUAUGAUUUGGUCCAUGAGUUUUUUAGAAAAAUGAAAAGGAGCGGAGAAGCUCCAAGAGCACUUACUUACAAAGUCCUUGUCAAAGCUUUUUGGGAGGAAGGAAAGAUUAAUGAAGCUGUGGAAGCGGUCCAGGAUAUGGAACGGAGGGGAGUAAUUGGAACGGCCAGUGUCUACUAUGAGCUAGCCUGCUGUCUUUGCAGAAAUGGAAGGUGGCAAGAUGCUAUGAUAGAGGUGGACAAGAUUAAAAGACUAUCUACUAGGAAACCUUUGGAGAUCACCUUCACUGGUUUGAUAAUGGCUUCCCUGGAUGGUGGAUAUGUUGAUGAUUGCAUUUCCAUAUUUCAAUACAUGAAAGACCAUUGUGCACCCAACAUAGGAACCAUAAAUGCAAUGCUUAAAGUGUAUGGCCAGAAUGAUAUGUUUUCUAAAGCCAAAGAGUUGUUUGAAGAAACCAAUAAAGCUAAAUCUGGUCCUUAUAGUUCCCUGAAUGAUAAGUUUGGUAACCUUAUCCCUGAUGGCUUCACUUAUAGCUUAAUGCUGGAGGCGUCUGCUAGUGCUCACCAAUGGGAAUAUUUUGAGUAUGUCUAUAAGGAGAUGGCUCUCUCUGGAUAUCAGCUAGAUCAAAGUAAACUUCCAAUUCUACUUGUGGAAGCAUCCAGAGCUGGAAAGUGGUAUCUAUUAGAACAUGCCUUUGAUGCCUCUUUGGAAGGUGGAGAGAUUCCACAUCCUCUGAUCUUCACUGAGAUGUUGAUACAAGCUACUUGGCGAAGUAAUUAUGAGAAGGCUGUCACCUUGGUCAACACCAUGGCUCAUGCUCCAUUUCAAGUUAGUGAAAAGCAGUGGACUGACCUUUUUUUGAAAAAUAGAGAUAGGAUUACUCAAGGUUGUUUAGUGAAACUGUUUGAUGCACUCUCCAGUUCUGAGUUAUCAUCUGAAAUCACAGUCUCAAACUUGUUAAGAUCUCUGCAAUCUCUUUGUGGAUCUGCCCCGUCUACCAGUUCCAUGUCCUUUGGUAACUUUGGGGAAAGUUAUGGUAGUGAGAGAUUAAAUAUUCCAAGUAUUUCCGGGAAUGAGAAAGGAAAAGCAGCCACAUAUCCUCCAUUAAAAGCAACUGAUACAUCAUUUGCUAUGUUGUCUCUUACCAAUGCUGGAAAGAACGAAGAGGGUGGUGUCGAUGCAGAUGAUAGUGCAUCCAAAAAACACAGCUGCACAGGGGAUUUUGCUAAUGAUGUUACAUCUGGUGAGCCUACUAAUGGUUCAGGUAAGCAGGUCCCUUUGUUAAACCUAGAUGAGUAUACCGAAGAUACCGAUGAGGCUGAAACCGACCUUCCAGUUGAUGGCAAUACUGACAUGGAUUUGCUAAUCGAUGAGGAUAGUGAUUCUCUUACGUCAAAAUUGCCUUCUGCACAAGAAAUAUUGGAAUCAUGGAAGAAAAGCAGGGAAAGUGAUGGGAUAUACUUCCCUUUCCAUCUUGGGCAGAAGUGAGUGGAACCAUUUCCAUAGCAUUCUCAGAACUGAAGUUUUGGGAUUAAAGAACAGGUCGGCACCCAGAGGCAGAGGUGAGGAUCUUCGAGGGGAAGAGAAUGAAGCAGAAACAGAAGUAUUUCCCCGGAAGUGGGUCCUAUAGAGUAAUCCUAUUAUCAACACUUCAACUUCUUAGGGAGAUAUUGGCAACAGAUCUAACAUUCUAGGCAAGCAGUGUUAAACUUGAUUGAUGUAAAGGUCGAGGCUUAGGCAAUGGGAGAGGAAGUAUUGCAGGAGCAGAUUAGAAAGCAAAAUGGUAACAGUUGAUGUGUGUGUAUAUAUAUAUAUAUAUAUAAUGUGGAUAAGAACUUGGCUAAUGGCUGAGCUCUUAAAGGGUUUGAAUAUUAGAAAUUUGCUUUUCAUGUCUUAAUUGCCAAAUUUAUGAUAUACUGGUUAUUUUUUUGUCUA